AUGGAUCCUGCUUAUGAUAUACAAUCGCACGAAAAACAAGUGCUAGUCAAUGAUCCCUUAAUACCUGAAGACAAUGCUCAAAACCCUUCACUUCCUAGUAGAGGGAGCUCAAACAGCACAAUUACUCAAUCAUCAUCGUCAUCAUCAGAAGUAAAACCUAUCCUUAAAAAGAAACGUACAAGAAUUUCAAAAGCCUGUGAGUAUUGUCGAAAGAAAAAAGUGAAAUGCAAUGGUUGUCAACCUUGUCUUAAUUGUCUACAAUCAAAUAAUGGUAAUUGUGAAUAUGCUGUGGACGAUGAAAAGAAACCCAAAAUUCUGAAAAAGAAGAAAUCAACAUCUCUGAAGAGCAAGCUGAACAGGGACCGGCAAAACAAAGCUCUUGAUGAAAGAUUGUCCAAAAUUGAAGGCAUUCUUGCCCAAUUAGCAGCUGGAAUUGGUACCAAUGAUAACACAUCGACUUUAAGCCCUGUGUCGGGAUCAAAUGUCCCAAAUGGAAAAGAAGCAAAGACAGAUAAAUCUAGCCCUCUCCAAUUACCGAAGGAGAUUAGGGAGGAGAGUGCCAAUGGACACGACGAGAAGCAUGAUCCCAAAGUGGAAUCUAAUUUUCAUGGUUCACAUAGUGUAAUUAACAUUUUCUGCAAGAAAUCCGUCGAAUGGCUAUUCAGGCCUGUGCUUAGCAAAUGUAACCAAGACAUAGAGGUAUUCAAAGAUAUUGCCAAAGUAAACGAUUUAUAUAUCCAGGCGUUCCUUGACACCAUUUCUCAACCAAUUAAAGCCAGAAUUAAUCGGCGAAAUGACCUUAUGGACAACACUUUUGCUAAUGCAAAGAUACCAUUGGAGAUUUUAUCUUGUUAUGACGAUAUUUUUCUAGUUAGUUACGUAUGUAAGGGAGACGACAUACGCAAAUUAUUCCAAACUUAUUUUGAAGAACCAGAUCAAAAUGGCUCACGCAGAAGAAGCUUUUUAUGGAGUGAGUUAUUACUAAUGACUGCUGCCGUUGGUAUUUGUAUUUCAGUGUUGAUUGAUGAUCGUAACAAUACUAAAGAUACCGAUAAACCCAAGUAUUCUUGCUCAUUAUCAAACCAGCAGUUAAUUGAGAUCAAUUUCAAAUGCUUUUAUUCCAUGAUUUUUUAUCACCGCAGAUUAUGUGUUAUAGGUGAAGGAUUCUCCACUGUAACAGCGUUUGUUUUGUUGAUAAUGUAUUUUGAUUUUGCCGUGCCUAUACUGCACGCUACGUUUCUAGCCGUUUCUACGGUUAUGCAUUAUGCUCGACAGCUUGGAUUACACAGAAGUGAAGCCUAUAGAGAGAUGGGUUUGGAAGAGCAGAGAACAAGAAGAAUCCUUUGGUGGUUUUGCGAAUAUUUGCACAUUCAAUAUUGUUUCGAAAAAGGUUACGCUUUAGAUAUUGGUGAUGAAGAUAUGAUGAGUUUUAGUGGUGAUGACGCCACUACUAAGGCUCUAAUUAAAUCAAAUUGGAAUUUAAUUCAGUCUGCUAAAAAUUCUGAUACUCCUAUUGAUGCAUUAACAAUCAACCAAAUAAAGGAGACUAAAGCUAAUCAUAUUUGUGCUUCUUAUACCAUGCACUCUCUAUCCAAAAUAAGGGUUAAAUCCUAUCAAUUGUUAUAUUCAUCUAAAGCACAAAAAAAAACGUUGUCAACUAUACUAACUUUUGUGGAUGAGUUGAACUCAGAAAUGAAAGAUUUGUGCAGUGAUUUGCCUGGGCCCAUGGCGAUACUAUUUUAUGAUGAGCCAGGAUUUCUAUCAAAUUCAGCAAUAAACUCAGAAAUUUUGUUGAACCUAGAUAAUGGUUAUGAGAAUACGUUGAUGAUUCAAUUCGAGUAUUUUUCACACCUUUUGACAAUUAAUCGAUUACUGUUGCAAGAAUUCCCUCAAGAUAUGGAUAAUAAAUUUUUGACUCAUAAAUGCUUAUAUCACAGAAACAUUGCCAAUAGAUCAGCAAGAACUAUACUAUAUAUCGCCAGAAAUUUAGCAGAAAAAAAGGUAGACUUUAUUCUUAUAAAUUGGUUUAGUUAUUCUAUAUUUGCUGCCUUUGUCUAUCUUGGAAGUAUGUGUCUUGAAGACCCGCAAAGUCCAGAAGUAAUAUCAGACAUUGAUUUAUUAAUUGACAUUUCCUAUUCGUUUUUAGCAUUCGAGAACCAGUCGUUCAAGGUAAGUCGAUUUUCAUUACAGCGAUAUGUCUACGAUAUUUAUACUCGAUGUAUUCUAAAAUUGUAUCUUAAAGUUGCAAAAGAAGAAACACGGAAUAUGUUUUAUGAAAAGUAUAAGAAUUUGCAUAAUCAUUUACGAUUGGAGGAAACGUUUCAUGAAUUUUUUUUCAAUGAAAACUUAGGUUUCGACCCAAGCAAAACUUAUCAAGCAUUAAAUAAGUUAUUUCGACCAUUUUGGAUAAAGUCUAAUGAGAAACCCAAUCGUACUCAAGCCAAUGCUGCUGAUGAUGCUACUAGCAAUCAAAUGAGUAGUACGCCAUUGGAAUCUCUGUCAUCAUCAAGUGGUAUUCUAUAUGGGAACUCAUCAUCAUCAUCGACUUCUUUCCAACCACCUAUGGUUCAUCAAAGAAAUUCGGUAUCUUCCCACCAGUUUGAUUACACACAAGAUUUUCCGCAUAAUGGUGGAAAACCUCUUGAAAUCUCUUAUCUAGUACAUCCUCAAAUGAAACAUUUUGAUGCUGCAAUUGGCUCAGUGACGAAAAGAAAUGGAAGUCCUAAUGAUAAGGAAUUGUCAGAAACAUUCGAUCCACAGGCUAUUAGUGUCAUUAAUGCAGCUCAAAUGCAGCAGCAACAGCAACAGCAACAACAGCAACAGCAACAACAGCCACCAUUUUUUACUCCUCCACCUCCUCCACCACAACAGUCCCUACUACCAUCACAAUAUCAACAACAGUCGCAGCAACAACAACAGCAACAGGAACAGCCUCUUAGUAAUCGAUUCAAUUCAAACUUUACUAGUUUAGAAGAAAUGAUUGAAGAGAAUUAUGUGGGUGACUUGAACUUUCCUGAUAUAUUUUAUAACUAA